AUGUAUCCUGGUAAGUCAACCAGAGACAGAUCGGGAACUCUUGGAGACUUGAUUGUGAGUUGGAUAGGAUCGCUGGAAACAGCGUCUGCGUCAGGAACAGCCAUGUUGAGCUCAAAGAGCACUUUCUGGACCUGUUGGAAGUCGGUCAGGUUGAACAUUCUGAGCGCUGGGAACUCAGCAGUUUCGGCCGCCAACGAGUUGUCAUUCACCAAAGUCAGCUCAAUCGGACGUCUGGUGACCAUAUUAGAUCCCUUGGGCAGGAAUUCUCUUCCCACAAUCGAUUCCAGCACGGAAGACUUACCACUGCUCUGCGACCCUAUCACCACGAUAGACGGCAAUCUGAGCGCGUUGGAUCCACCAAUAUUGAGCAAAAUGCUUCGUAUCUCAAUCAUCUGUCGAGUAAGGUUGAGCAUAGCAUCAUCUGUGUUGUCCUGGACGUUUUCGUCGUCCUCGUCCUCAUCUUCGUCGUCUUGA